UAAAACCAAAAGCUGAACCUGCAGAGACAACAGUUGCGUGCCGCAAGUAGCCAGGUGAACACAAGUGAAAGAUAUCUGUGAAAUAGUUAACAACAAAGCAAAAACUCAUACAAAAUGUGCGACCAAUUGAGAGGACUCAUAGUGGGAAGUGUGGCAGUCGCAUUAUUGCUCCUCCUGCUUGCUGGAAGCGGCGAGGCCAGACCCAUGGACCUGUACGACGAUGUGAGCGACUUCUUUGACGCCAUUUCGCUGGAUGAUGUGGCCAACACUGGACGGAACACCCAUCCGGAGCAGUUCUGCCUGAUGCCGGCACGCAAGGGCGUCUGCCGGGCCCUGAUCCCACGCUGGCGCUACGAUCCGGAGCAGAAGAAGUGCGUCGAGUUUAAGUUUGGUGGCUGCGAUGGCAACGAGAACAACUUCCCCAGCUACAAGGACUGCAUGUCCACCUGCGAGGGCAUGUAG